ACGGGAUUAAGUAUACAACAGUGUUUGGGUGGGAUAGGUAUCGAGAAGAAGUAGAGCGAGACAGACCGGGUCAGAGUUCGAAGAGCAUGAGUAAUAUACACUUAUAACUUGCGACACAUGCAGCACCGGCGCUGAUAUCGAACCCAAGCAUAGAGGCAGAGUAUAUAAGGUCAACAUCGUCCGGAGUUUCUGUACAGGUGAAUUUUUUCGUGACAGUCCACACCUGAAGAAUAUAUCAACAUGUCGAAGGCGUCGGGAGCUCAUGUGAUCAUUGAUAUCGGCACCUACCAGACCCGAGCCGGUCUAGCUAACGACUCAGCCCCCCGUGUCGUCCAGCCGACCCUUGUGGGACGAGGGGUGGGAGAGAACAAGAACGUGACCUAUGUGGGUUCAGCAGCCAGGGCCAGCCGUGAGGGCAUAGUGCUGAGUCAACCCGUCCGCGAGGGAGAGAUCCGAGACUGGGACGAUGUGGAGGCCAUCUUGAGGGAUGUCCUGGUGGACAAGCUGGGCGUUGAGACACAGGACCGCAACGUGCUGCUCAUUGCCUCGCCGUCCCUGGACCCCCAGGCCAAAGAGAAGAUGGCGCAGAUCAUGUUUGAGAAGUUCCAGGUCGCUGGUCUGUUUGUUGCCAAUAGUGGUGUUCUCAGUCUGUACGCCGCGGGGAGGCUGGCGGGUGUGGUGUUGGAGGCAGGAGACGGCGUCAUCCAUGCCGUCCCUGUGCAUGAGGGCUUCGCGCUGCCCAAGGCUGUCACACGGUGGGCGUUUGGUGGCAGUGGACAGAGCGAGUUCCUCUGCAAACAGCUCUCUGAGAAGGGCUACAAUUUGUCCGAUAAUCCAGAAGCAGUACGGGAGAUCAAAGAGAGUUUGUGCUAUGUGGCUAAAAGCUAUGAUCUGGAGAUGGCCAAAGCAUCAGAUACAUCCUUCCAGAAGACAUUCAAGCUCCCAGACGGGAAGGUCGUCACCCUUGGUAGCGAGAUGGUCAAGACGUCAGAGAUCCUCUUUACUCCUUCAGUUGGAGGUCUGUCAACUUCUGGGGUCGUCGCCCUCUUGAAUGAGGCCAUUGAAAAGUGCACUGCUGAACAACAGAAGGUCAUGUAUGGCAACAUCGUCCUUGCGGGAGGCCCUACUCUCGCCACUGGGUUCGUGGAACGGAUGAAGAAGGAGGUGAAGACUAGGGCUGCCUAUGCCAACGUUGUUGCUUCGGAACACCGAGAACACGCAGCCUUUAUUGGAGGCAGCACCCUGGCCGCUCUGGACGACUUCCAGUCCAUGUGGGUCACGGCGGCCGAGUACAAACAGAAGGGAGCCGGAGUCAUCCACGACAAAUGCAAGUGAACAGAACUGGUCGGGAGGUGAUUGACCAGUACAUCUUGAGAUGAUUGACCAGUACAUCUUGAGAUGAUUGACCAGUACAUCUUGAGAUGAUUGACCAGAACAUCUUGAGAUGAUUGACCGGUACAUCUUGAGAUGAUUGACCAGUACGUCGUGAUUCGUGUGCUUUACACACAGCAGAAUCAGUGCAACAGACUGAAAUAGGUUUCCUCUGUUAUGUCUAAUGGGACAUCCCACGCUGACUGAACACAAACUUGAUCCAAAGUGACAAUGAAAGGCUUCUUUCUAAAAUUGAAGUGCAGUGCAAGUUAUGUUAUGUUUCAAGAGAUUUUGUCAAGGGCUAUUUUCAUACAAAUAUUUUGUACAUAUUAAUUUUAAAAGUGUAAGCGAUAUGUUGAAGUAUGUGAACAUAUUUAAGAAGUUCAUGAAAGUGAACCACAAUGAACGCUGUUUGUCUCGUUGUUUUGUCUCGCUGUGUUAAUGUUUAUGUGUAUAGUUUGGGUUAAUAAAUGGCUCAAUGUUCAAGAUA